AGGGAGGACCUCGUCGCUGCGGGAACCGCUGCUGCCGACGCCUCGCGGUUUGGAGAAGAUCUCCUCUGUUGCCAUGGAGACAGAACCAGUUCACCAGCUGCCAGCGGGCCCAGUGACAGUAACAGUCAGAACGAAAAGCACGGCAAGUCGCAGUGAAUCCCUCGGCGCCAAACCACAAUCAGUCAAACAGCCGCCGCGUCUCUCGUCCUCCACCACGGCCCCACCGGCCCCCCAACCUCGACAACCUGAAACCCACGAGGGUCCUGAGGUCGGAGCUGUCGCAGAUCAAGACCCCCCGGGCGCAGGGAAGACCCGACAACCCCCCCAGCCCAUCGCCGUAGGCCGGGACCCAGCGGGGUCUCUCUCGCGGCCGGCCAAGACCGCCCGGCCGCCGGGCCCCUCUGUUGGCCCCUCUGUCAGCCCCCUGUUGAAGAAGAGGAAGGGGCCCUCGCCCCUUCCCCAAAUCCUGGUAGAGGAGGUGGAGGAGGAGAUGGAGGAGACGAAGGGGGAGGAGGGGAACGCGAGAACGCGUUUUCUGGAGUCUUCUGGAUUCCCGAUGGAAGGGCCUGCCCACAAGCCUUGUGGGAGACCAACCGUUGCCAGAAAUUCCAGCAUUCCCAGCCAAUCAGAUGAGGGCAGCCUGACGCUACAAGAGGAAGCUAUGGAGCUGGAGGUCCCACCUUCUCGAGGCAAACAAGUCCACUUCAGAGAGCCGCCCUCAUUUCAGGUGACACCAUACGACCAGGUGGUUGGCGAGGGACAAGAUGUGUUCCUGUGCGUGAGGGCGAGAGGGCACCCCUCCAUAUACUGGUUGAAGGAGAGGCUGACGCUGAAGUCCACCGGCCGCCUUGCGGUGAGACAGACGGGGGAGGGGACCAGCGAGCUGAGGAUCACCACCGCCCAGAGGUCGGACGCUGGACUCUACGCCUGCAAGAUCGUCAACGAGUUUGGAACCAAGCAGGUGGACUUCAAACUGGAGAUCCAAGCGGCCACAGCUCUCGCCAUCACCAGGGAGAUACGGGACGCGGCGGUAAGGGCGGGAGAGGCGGCCGUGUUUGAGUGUCACAUGACCGCCCCCCACGACGUGGAGGUGGACUGGCUGUCCAAUGGGAAGCUGAUUCAGCCGGCGCAGCUGAACUGCAAGAUGCACUUUGAUGGAAGGAGCUGCCGUCUCUUGUUGAACUCUGUCCAUGAAGACGACAGUGGCAGUUACACCUGCAAGCUGAGCACUGCUAAAGAGGAGCUGACCUCCAGCGCCCAGCUGAAGGUCACGCCCACCCGGGACCCCCUGUUCACCCGCCAGCUGGACGUCCUGGAGGUCAUGGAGGGCCGCACCGCCCGCUUCGACUGUAAGGUCAGCGGAACCCCCGCGCCCAGCGUCACCUGGAUGCACUUCGACGGGGCGGUGGAGGCGAGCGACAACGUGCGGCUGCUACAGGAGGGGGGCCGCCACUCGCUGGUCAUCGCCCGCGUCUGCUCCGACUCGGAGGGCUUCUACACAGCCGUGGCCACCAACUACCGCGGCUCCGCGGAGACCACCGCAGAGCUAUACGUCACGGAGCCGCGUGCGGCUGCCGCCUCGCACAUGGCCAAGCUGGAGAAGAUGCCGUCCAUCCCAGAGGAGCCCGAGGUGCUGGAGAGCGAGGUGGAGCGCCGGACCAUGCCUGACUUUGUGAAGCCGAUGGCGGACUUGGAUGUGGUCGAGGGGAAGGAGGCGGUGCUGAAGUGCACGGUGGCGGGCCUGCCCUACCCCAGCAUCACCUGGUACCACAAGGGCAAGCGCAUCGACGGCAGCGAGGAGCGCAAGAUGACCCAGCAACGGGACGUCCACAGCCUUGUGAUCCGGAGCGCCUGUCACGCGCAUGGUGGCGUCUACAAGAGCGUCAUCUCCAACCACGUGGGAAAGGCUGCCUGCUACGCACACCUUUAUGUCACAGACAUUGUCCCCGACCCCCCUGACGGCCCUCCGGUGGUAGAGUCCAUCACAGGAAAGACCCUCACACUGAGCUGGAAGAAGCCCAACAGAAUGGAACAGUCCACGGAGGCCGUCCCCCUGCUGUACGCGGUGCAGCAGCAGGCCUUAGGCUCCAUCCAGUGGUCCAUUGUGGCUUCCAGCCUGAAGGAAACCAGCUACACCGUGGGCUCCCUGUGUAAGGGCGUCCGCUAUGCCUUCAGGGUGCUGAGCUCCACCGGCAAGGCUCUCAGCAAACCGUCGGCCGCAACCGACCUGGUGCAGCUACUCGACCGAGGUCCCUAUUUGAGGAAAUCGCCCAUCAUCAUGGACAAGCCGGACAUGGUUCACGUGGUGGAGAACCAGUCAGUGAGCAUCACAAUCACCCUGAACCACGUUCACGCCGUGGUCACCUGGAAGAGGAGAGGGGUCGCGCUGGUGCACAAACCCGGGGUGUAUGAGAUGAGCAUGCCGGACGAUGACCAGCACACCUUGAAGCUGCAGCGGGUUCGGAGCUUGGACGUGGGAGCGCUGGUUGUCAUGGCGAACAACCAGUUUGGCAGCGACCUCUGCACCAUACAGCUGGCCCUGGCAGCACCACCCAAGUUUGAGUCCAUCAUGGAGGACCUGGACGUUGACGCCGGGGCGACCUCCCGCCUGGCCGUGGUGGUGGAGGGGAAACCCGACCCCGACAUCCUGUGGUACAAGGACGAGGCCCACCUCUCAGAGAGCAGCCAUUGCACGUUCGUCUACGAUGAUCCAGAGUACUCCCUGGUGGUGCUGAACGCCCGUCCGGAAGACUCUGGCGUGUACACCUGUACUGCCAAGAAUCUGGCGGGGGCCGUCUCCUGCAAGGCUGAGGUCACCGUCCAUGCAGAGAGGAAGCAGGCUGUGGCUCCGGCAGAAGAUGAAGGCAGCAUCCUAAGGAAGAUGAGACGCCUCACUGACUACUACCAUGUCCACAAGGAGAUUGGAAGGGGGGCGUUCUCGUAUGUGAAGAGGGUGACGCAGAAGACGAAGAACAACGGGAAGCCAGCGGAGUUUGCCGCCAAGUUCGUGUCGUCCCGGGGGAAGCGGAAAGCAGCAGCACUGGGCGAGAUGGCACUGCUGUCGGAGCUGGAUCACCAGAGGAUCGCCUUCCUCCAUGACGCCUUUGAGAAGAAAAACACGCUGGUGCUGGUGCUGGAGCUAUGUCAUGAAGAACUCGUGGACAGGCUGGCCCGAAAGACCACGGUCACUGAGUCGGAGAUCCGUUCCAGUGUGUGGCAGAUCCUGGAAGGCCUGGGCUAUCUGCACCAGAAAGACAUCGCUCACCUGGACGUGAAGCCAGAGAACAUUGUGAUGGCCGCGCCGGGCAGCGAGCAGAUCCGCAUAGUGGACUUCGGCAGCGCGCUGAAAGUAGAGUCGCCCGGACAGCACUACUGCCGAUACGGAACGCCUGAAUACGUCGCCCCGGAGAUCGUCAACCAAACCCCCGUCUCCACGGCAACAGACAUCUGGCCCGUCGGUGUGAUAACCUAUCUCUGUCUGACGGGCGUGUCGCCGUUUGCCGGCGAGAACGACCGCGCCACGGCGCUCAACGUGCGCGGCUACAACGUGGCAUUCGAGGAGGCCAUGUUCUCCGGCCUCUGCAAGGAGGCCAAGGGAUUUGUCAUCAAGCUGCUGGUGGCGGACCGGCUGCGACCCACCGCAGUGGAGUGCCUGCGACAUCCUUGGUUUAAGUCCUCCAACAACAAAAACAUCAACACAGCGAUGCUGAAACAAGUCAUCUCUCGAAGACGUUGGCAGCGUUCUCUGAUCAGCUACAAAUCCAAGAUGUCGAUGCGGACCAUCGCGGAGCUCCUGGACGACUCCUUCACGCACGUGUCCAUCGCCGUCGGCCAGUUCCGUAAGGAUGGCACGCUGCCGGCCUCCUCAUCCUCCGACGACUCGGAUGAAGAUGUGGAUGAGCUGCCCUUCAUCCCCAUGCCACUCUCUAUGGUCUUCUCCGGCUCCAGGGUCUCCCUGAACGAAAUCCCCGGCGACGAGGACGCCGCCGACGGAUCGGGGUGGAGCAGCGUGGAGGGGGCCCAGUCGAGCGACCACCGGUGGCUGGCCGCCGGGAGGGUCGGGGGAGGAGCCAACAACAGCGGCACAGAGGACAAAGACCAAGAAGAAGAGGAGGAUGUUUCUGCCGAGCAUAAAGAGGGGAAACCGAGGCGAGCUCCCCUCCAAAAGGGCUCGAGUGUGGAGGCCCCCGAUGACUCGCAGACCAGGGCGAGACGAGCGACCAUGCGGAGGGGCAGCUCGGCCGACUCCGCCCUACUCCUCCAGAUGGCCCCGGAAGUGGGGGGUGACGACGUAGAACCUCGAGAUGCGGCCAGCCAGAAGAGCCUGAAGAAGGCCGUCUCCAUGGAGCUUCCCAGCCGCAGCACGAGUCCCGGGGCGUCCAAGCUGAGCCAGGACGACUACGCCCUGAAGCUAGAGCUUAUGAGGCAGCGGCUCCUGAGGGGGGGCGGCGGGGACAAGAAGAUGAGCGGCCUGCGGGGGCCCCUGUUCGAGACGCUCGGCAUGGACGAUGGGGAAAGGAGGACCGGGUCCCUGGACCGGAACCCCAGGAGGUCACGGGCGGCGCCGCCGGUGCUCACGAGGGCGGUGUCCUCGGAGGCGGCCACGGAAGAGACGCCGAGGACCAGGGUGUUCAGGAAGAGCAGCUCCUUCACCCAGGGCGACUCCGAGCCCAUUCCCCUGCACCGGAGGUACGGAGCCCCCCUGGAGAUCCCGUCGGCGAAACAGGGCAGCAUAGAGCCGAAGAAGCUUGUAGAAGCCACCUCGAUGUCGGUGCUGGAGGAGCCAACGUGGCUCGACGCUUCACAGGCCUCGGCGUCAGAGGACACAAGGACCCCCGGGAGAGCGGACCAACAGGAACCGCAAACCAAAAACCUGGAAGGGAAGCCAAUCGUAGGGGAAAAGACUACUAAAGCGGACGAACAGAGAGAGAGAGGGACCAAACACAGCACAGAGUCCGCCGAAGAGGAAGACCGGCCCAUGAGUUUGCAAUCGUCCAAUAAGUCAAUCUUGACAAUGGGGCCAAGGAUUGUCAUUUGGAGAGGUGAUGAAGAGGAAGAACCGAGAGGUUACCUGGAAAUGAAGAAGGAAACGUCCAAGCAUGAAUCUCCUGCUGCUACAACUACACCCACUAAACCGACGUCUGCAUAUGCGAGUGUCAUGCAGGCGUUCGUCGGCCCGUCGACGGAACCAGACCCCGACCAAGCCAUAGUUUCCGGGGGUUCCACUGCUUCCUUAACCAAAGACGGCGAACUCGGCCCUUUGUUACCAGAACACCCCGCAGUGUUUGCCAAAGUGGCGACCGCCGACCUCACCACCCCUCAACAGCCUCUGCUCAGAACCGACAUCAAAGACAUAGACUCUGAAGAGGUGUUCCAGGCCAGGUUCAAGAAACGCGAGUCCUCGCUGACGCGCGGUCUACGCAAACUGACCCGGAACAAAUCGGAGGAGAGAUCCUCCGUGCCGGGCCUGCAGGCCGGCGAGGGGGAGGAGGUGUACCGUCCCGGGCCGAGGGGCGCCCCUCUGGAGAUGGUGGCCAAGGGCUUGGAGGAGAGGUCCAAAUCGGUUGCGGAUCUGCGGGAAGUGGAGAAAGAGGGUCUGAGUCUCAUCGGGAGGUUCUCCAUGCGGGCCAAGCGCUCCUCGUCUGUCGAUAAGAAAAUGGAGAAACCGGUCGAGGUGCGAGAAGAGAAGGCGCCGGAGUCUUCGGCCAGUAAACAGAGGAAGGCCUGGGCUUUUGGCCGCAGUAAGUCUCUGGAAACGAAGGAGCUGGAGCACGCUGGAGCACCGCAGAGGUGCCUCAGUGAGAAAGAACCAAGCAAAGUAGAAGAGUCGUCCGUUUUGGCCAUGCGGCGCAAGUUUGAGUCCAAGGUAGCGGGGAUCUCGGCCAAAAUCAGAGCCCAGUCAGAGGAGUGGAAGGAAAAAGAGGUCAAGAGGCGCCCCGAUGGUGACGGUGUCCAGAAAGAUCUAAAGACGGUCAGCGAUUCCCCGGUCCUGGCGAUAAAGAAGAAGUUUGAGAACAAAGAGUCUGUAUUUGCCUCUAAGAUCCGCAGUCAGUCAGAAGAGAGGAGUGGGGGGACAGAGACGCAGUUGGAGGGGAAGAGAACCCCUCUUGUCACACGCCAUCGCCAUACCCAGUCCGAGAGCCGGGGUCUCAAGGAGAUGGGCAUCCCUGAGAACCAGCUGGCCCAGCAGACGGGCACGGCCGCCGCAUCCAAAGAGUCCUUUGAGUCCGCUUCCAGCAUUAACUCCGAGAAGAAACCCUGCCGCACUCCGGAGGGUGACCGGCGGUCUCGCUGGGACCGCUGGGGUUUGACCAGGGGCAAAAAGGACAAAUCGCCGUCACAACCGGAGCUUUCAGAGCCUUCUUCCAUCCCCAAAGACGACAACGCCUUGACCGCCAAACAGAGGCAGAGUCGCACCUCCUCAGACUUUCCCCCAGUGUUUCACAUCAAGCUGAAAGACCACGUCUUAUUGGAGGGGGAUCCUGUCACUCUCAGCUGCCUUCCAGCUGGCUGCCCGCCUCCCAAAAUCACAUGGAUGAAGGAUAGGAAAGCAGUGGAGGUGGAUAACAGGAUCAGCCUGAUCUCUCAUCCAGACGGCAGGCAGCUGCUUGUGAUCAUGAAGACCAACCAGAAAGAUGCCGGACUUUACGAAUGUGUGGCUACAAACACCUUGGCCGCCAUCACCAGCUCCUGCACGCUUUGUCUCGCUUGUGUACCUAAGCGACCAGGAACCCCUGAGGUCCCGCAGGUGUACAACAACACAGCCCUGGUGCUCUGGAAGCCAGCCACUGAUGGCAAGUCCCCCUGCAGCUACAUGCUGGAGAGACUGACUGAGGGAGAGGAGAACUGGCUGAUCACUGCCACUGGUGUGACGGACUGCUACUACAACGUCACGGACCUGCCAGCAGGGGGCACCUUCAGGUUCCGGGUGGCCUGUGUGAACAAGGCGGGCCAGGGGUCUUACAGCAACUGCUCCCCUAAAGUCAGCCUCGACCAAACAGGUGGAGGAGCAGCACCGCCCAAAAUGGCCGUCAUCAAGACACUUCCUGUCUCCCCGGCGUCAGACCCCCCUUCCCCGUCCAAGACUGACGUCACUGCCAAGACCCCUCCUGUCUUCUCCUCCACUUCCUCAGCCACCACCACCUCCGUCCCCGACAAGGGAGCCGCGCCGCCUCGCCCCUCGCCCGCCCCCGCCACACCGCCCUCGGCCCAGCCUCUAGAACCGCCACUGCACACCACCAAGCCGGCCCCGCGCUUCAUCCUCCCCAAGCCCCAGAGCCCCAUCAACGUGGUCCCCCCAAUGACCCUGACCCCGUCCCCGCUGCUCACACCCCUGCCCCCCCCUGUCCCACUCAAGCCCCCCGCCGCUGUCCCCAGCUACGUCCCUGUCAUCGUCACCUCCGCCUCCCGCGGGGUCACCCCCAUCCCCGGCCCCACCCUCUUCUCCGCCCAGGUGCUGCAGGUGUCCAGCCUGAGCCCCAUCGUUGGGGUGGCCAGCCCCCCCACCAGAGAGGCCCCUGGCCACUCCACCCCCUCCUCCACCUCCUCCGCCCUGGGCCUGGCCGCAGCCCAGAAGCCCUACACCUUCCUGGAUGAGAAGGGAAGGGGUCGGUUCGGCGUGGUGCGGGAGUGCCGGGAGAACGCCACGGGGAAGGUGUACAUGGCCAAGAUCGUGCCCUUCAGCCCUGAGAGCAAAGCGGUGGCGCUGCGCGAGUACGAGAUCCUGAAGGUGCUGCACAAUGAGCGUGUGAUGGGGCUGCACGAGGCCUACGUCACGCCCCGCUACCUGGUGCUGGUGGCCGAGUACUGCACGGGCAAGGAGCUGCUCUACACCCUCAUAGACAAGUUCCGGUACUCUGAGGACGACGUGGUGACCUACCUGGUGCAGAUGCUGCAGGGCGUGGAGUACCUGCACCACCGCCGGGUCCUCCACCUGGACCUGAAGCCCGACAACGUCAUGGUCACCCACCUCAACGUGGUGAAGCUGGUGGACUUCGGCAGUGCACGCACCUUCAACCCGCUGCACCUCACGGCCUGCGCCGCCCCGCUGCCCGGCACCCUGGAGUUCAUGGCUCCAGAGAUGGUGAAGGGGAAUGUCGUGGGGCCCCCAGCAGACCUGUGGGCACUCGGGGUCAUCACUUACAUCAUGUUGAGCGGCCGGCUGCCUUUCCCAGACAAAGAUCCUCUCCAGACUGAGUCCAAGAUCCAUGUGGCAAAGUUUGACCCCACCCAGCUAUACCCCAACGCCUCCCAGAGCGCCUCGGCCUUCCUCAAGAAGAUGCUGAGCAGCUACCCCUGGGCCCGCCCCACCACCAAGGACUGCUUCACCCACGCCUGGCUGCAGGACUCCUACCUGAUGAAGCUGCGGCGCCAGACGCUCAACUUCACCAGCGUGCGCCUCAAGGACUAUCUGGUGGAGCAGCACCAGCGGCGGGCUGAGGACGCCACCCACCACAGGGUGCUGCUGCGCACCUCCCAGUCCUCCGCCACGACCGCACCUCCAUCCCCCGGACCUGGGACCACCACGCCGCCUCCCUCUUCCUCCUCGUCUUCGCUCGGCUCCGACACGAAAUGAGAACGAUUUCCGAUUGCCGGUUUCAGUUCUGAGUUCUGGGGAAUUUCCGUUUUCGGGACUUGGGCGGGUCGAAGUUCAGAUGACUGAAUCAUCGAUCGGGCAAUGUUCGGGGACGGCGUCGGUCAGGCCGAGGCUUCGGUUGGUCAAACUUGGAUCGGGAAAAGGUUCAGUUGGUCAGGAUUUCUGUCUGUCAAAAUUUGGUUGGCCGGAGCUUCGGUUGGUCCUCCUUCACAGGGAGGACCAACCAUGAGCACCAUAGCUCUUUCCCGACAGGCGUGCCUUCCUCCUCCGGGGCCACAGCUCGGAUCAAGGCGACGGCCCUGGCUAGGCAUGGGUGGAAAACAGAGAAGAUGUGUGAGCACUUCCCUGGUCUGUGACGAGGAGUCUUUGAACAGUGAUGUUGACAUUGGGGGCUUCUACCACAGUAACUACUGAUCCUGAGAGAGAACAAUAAAACGAGAAGAGCGAGAUUAAGAAGAAUAAAAGAAAGACGGCUGUGUUUAAAGGUGGUUUGGGGAAGAGUUCAGCGCUCGUAUGGACAUGCAGGAUGUUUGUGAGGAGCUGGUCCAGUUUCCUUCCUUUUCGCACGUUUUUUUGUUUAGGUUUGUUUUUCAGAGUUUAAUUUAAAAAAAGUCAAUCACAUUGUGAUACAGUAUGGUGUUCACGUCUCUGAUAAAACAGUUCUUCAAGUUGCACAAUCAGCAUGAAAAAAAACAAGAGUACAGAGUUUUGUUAAGUAAUGGACCCGGUAGGAACCAGCCCACUCACGUACUGUCAUUUACGCUGUUAAUUUAUUCGCGCAUUUUGAGUUACGAUCACUUUUUAGCCUGAAAUCACAGGCAUGGUUUGACAUUGUUAACGUUUUUUCCUCUUAAUUUAUUUGCAUGCGUGUGGGUGCCGGCACGUUUUCAAUCCACCCUCCUUACGAAAGAAAGAAAACAAAACGCAAAAAAAAAAAAAAAAUAACCCUGUAUUUGUGAUUUUGCCAUUGAAAGAAUUCACGUUGAAUACAUGAACAUGUUUUUGAGUGACCUCUGGGUUUGUGGUUACAAUUUAUCGUUCUGUGGUUUAAUUUUUUUUGUUGCAAUUUACCGUAACUGUAAGAAUACAAAGUAAAUAGUAAAACAUUUAGUUUUAGUCGGCCCCAAUGUACUUCUGUGUGGUUCGUAGCAUCACUCAUGGGCCAAUCUGGUUGCUCUUUGUAAAAUCGCCCAGUGCCUGAAAUGGAACAGUUUAUCCUAGUAUGAGCUGUAGGUGACGCUACUAGCUAACAGUAGAGGAGAUGGGUAUGGAUCUGUUAGGAAGAAAGAUUUGAUGUUGAUUAUGUAAAUCAGAUUGAUGAUAGCCAUGAAGACAUGCAUACACAAGCACAUUCAUCCAAACGUUCAUUCAGUAUUAUCGCCACAAAUGCAUCACGUCCAUAUGUUCACAACGUAUGACUUACACACACAGGCACACUAACACAGAGACAAACACAUACACAAACAUACACAUAGGUGCAUACAUAGAUACAUGCAUACAUAACGCACAUGACAUUCUUGUAAUAAUAGGAUAUCUUGUGGAUUGCUCUAUCGAGGUAUUACUUUUGUAUGUUUGAAUGGCUGAAGAUUUGUAAAUGUACCAAUUUGCCGUGUUUGUAAGUGGAACAUGUUUUUAUGGGAUAGUAUGUAAUAAAAUGUUGACACUAUUGUGAGAUUUCGUUGUCCUU